CUGCUAUUCAGAUACUUUCACGAUACUGUAUUUUGUUUUCCCCUGGGAAUAGUAGGUUUUCUGUAGAACUGGAGAUUUUUAUAAACGCUAAAAUUGUAAAAUAAAAUUAGUUUUUGGUUUUCUUAGUGUUUUACAAGACCAGAAAUUAAAAGGAAUUAUGGCUCGUCGGUACGAUUCCAGAACAACUAUUUUUUCACCGGAAGGUCGCCUUUAUCAAGUAGAAUAUGCAAUGGAAGCUAUUUCUCAUGCCGGCACAUCACUAGGAAUCUUAGCUAAAGAUGGUAUUUUAUUGGCCGCGGAAAGACGGAAUACUAACAAACUAUUGGACAGUGUUAUUUUUUCUGAAAAAAUCUAUAAGCUUAAUGAUGAUAUGGUUUGUUCAGUAGCAGGAAUUACUUCAGAUGCGAAUGUUUUAACGAAUCUACUUAGAGUCAUUGCUCAGCGUUAUCAAUUGAACUAUGGCGAGGCUAUGCCUUGUGAACAGCUGGUGUCGCAUCUGUGUGACGUAAAACAGGCUUAUACACAAUACGGUGGAAAACGUCCAUUUGGAGUAUCUAUCUUGUAUAUGGGUUGGGACAAACAUUACGGCUAUCAGUUAUAUCAAUCUGAUCCCAGUGGAAAUUAUGGAGGCUGGAAGGCCACAUGCAUCGGAAACAAUUCUGCGGCUGCUGUGUCUGCACUUAAACAAGAACUUGGAGACAAUGAAAUUACUUUGGCACAAGCGCAAGACCUAUCUGUGAAAGUACUUUCAAAAACACUGGAUAUGACUAAGCUGACGUCAGAGAAAAUUGAGAUGGCUGUCUUGACAAGAGAAAACAAUAAGACAGUUAUCAAAAUUUUAACAAGUGCAGAAGUUGAUGCUCUAAUCGCAAAGUACGAAAAAGCCGAAGCAGAAGCGGAGGCAGCUAAAAAGGAAAAAUUAGCUCAAAAAGGAGAUAAGUAAGAUAUGGAUGUGUAAUUUAUAAUUCGUAUUUUUGAGAAUAAACUACGGUAACGAAUAAGUAACUAUAAA